AUGUAUUGGAUAUCGGAUCAUGAAUCUAAUAUCGAAAGUGCAGUUGCUGCUCUUCUGAUCGAGGGUAGCGAGUAUGGAAAGGCAAUUUCGAAGCUAUCUCAGAUUUCUGGUAUUCUUUCUUUAUCAGUAUGGUUAUUUGCGCAGCUUCCGCAGGUUAUAGAGAACUAUUUGAAUCAGUCUGUUUCCGGUGUGUCAUUUUUGUUCAUGCUUUGUUGGAUAUGUGGAGAUACUACGAACUUAAUUGGUUGCCUUUUGACAGGCGCGUUACCUUUUCAGACUUGUAUUGCUGUAUAUUAUUGUUUUAUUGAUAUCAUUCUAUCUGUUCAAUUCUGGUAUUAUACUACAGUGUUCCCUAGACAGAAGGUUCAUCAUAAUAUGUUGCAAAGCCCUAACAUGAUGAGGCCCGUAACGCCUAAGGUACUUCCUGGAUCAUCUGGAAGAACAAAUAGAUUUGAUCAGGAUCGCUCGAGGAAUCCAAUAGAUAUUUCGAAGUCACCGUACAAUGUCCUUCCGAAGCUGGGAAGUUUGGUUCAGAGAAUCUUCGGUAUUUCUUUCACUGCUUCUGGUUUAGCCAAGCCGGCACAUGGUCAUGGCAUGAAUGGUGAUGCUACCACUGUAAAGAAUACUCGAGGUGUUGCUACUAUUGGAGCAUCUAUCGCAAUUGGAUUUAGAUCGAUGAUUACUGAUUCAAAGCGGUUGGGUGUAUUAUCAGCUUGGACCUGUUCUUCGCUAUAUAUCACUUCAAGAAUUCCCCAAAUCAUAAAGAACUAUAAUCAGCAUUCAACUAAAGGUAUUUCACCUUAUUUGUUUAUAUUUGCAAUGACUGGAAACAUCUUUUACACAAUAUCGGUUUCAUUGGAUUUGUAUUUAAUAUACAACAAUGAUAUGAUUAUGGGGUCAACAAAAUUCAAGGAAAUCAUGAGUUCUCAGUUACCAUUCUUGAUUGGUAGCUCAGGAACCGUCAUAUUUGAUAUCAUCAUACUAUUGCAGUUUUGGUUCGCAUCUUCGCUGUCUGACGAAAGAGAGCAUGGACACAGUGUUGACUUAUAUGGAGGCGUUGAUCCGAGCUCGAUUCAUGACCUGGAUAGAAGAAAGGGUAGAAAGAAGAACAAGAAGAGGAAAGGUGAGGAAUCUCCUAUGUACUUUCAGCAGCCAGACUGGUAUGUCAAUGAUUUGCUGAGUGCGUUUGUGAAUGAAGAUCCAGAUAACAAUUCUUAUAAUAAGCAUAAUAACAUCCACAACACAGUGGAGGCGAGAUAUCGCCAUUCCGCUGAUGAGCACUCGUCGCUUCUAGAUAACCACCAACAUCGUAGUUUUGAAACCUUGAGUCCGCCACGUCACUACAUAUCUGCUUCAGUGCAAAGGGAAAGGGGUUUACAAAAUGACGGACGCCAUAAAUCUAGCAUAUUCGCUUCGACUAUGAGCGCUAUUGCGAACUCUGUAUCUAGGAGCAAUUCAAAUCCUCAUUUGAAAUCGUCAGUUUCUGGAUCGUCGUUGUGGUCAUCGUUUAAUAAUAAGAGGCAGCAGCAGAAUCAGCAGAAUGUUAUAGCGUCUCCUACGAAAAUCAUACCUUCAAUAGUAGGUAACUAUUCUUCAUUAUCCAAGAAGAUGACAGAUGAGGCUAAAGUUCCAUUCUCACCUAUUGAUUUUCUUACAGACGACUUUAGUCAUAGUGUUGAAAGUUCGCUGUAUAAAUCGAGGCACUCUACGGAAAAUCAACAUCUACACUAG